UGGGGCUGGACUGCGGAAGGGGGCGGGUUCGGAGGAGUGAACUGUGCCGUUAGUGUGUCUUUCAGCCUCACCUGCAGCUGCACCUCCCUGCACCUGCAUCUUUGCUUUCCUCCCUGCACAGCGACGCUGACUCGGAGUGUGUCGCUCGCUGCGCUCGUCAUGGCCUACCCGGGAUACGGAGGAGAGUUUGGAAAUUUUAGCAUUCAGAUACCAGGAGCAGGUCCAGACGUGAUCCUUGGUGGAUUCUCUGGGUACCCAGCAUAUUCAGACCCUUAUUCCUCAGCUGAUGACCCCAUGUAUGCUUACUUCAGUGCUGUUGCUGGACAGGAUGGUGAAGUGGAUGCUGAAGAACUUCAGAGAUGUUUGACACAGUCUGGAAUUAGUGGAACUUAUUCUCCCUUCAGUUUGGAAACCUGUAGAAUUAUGAUUGCCAUGUUGGAUAGAGAUUACACAGGAAAAAUGGGAUUCAAUGAAUUCAAAGAGCUAUGGGCAGCUCUUAAUGCCUGGAAGCAAAACUUCAUGACUGUUGAUCAAGACCGAAGUGGCACAAUAGAACAUCAUGAGUUGAGAGAAGCCAUUGCUCUCAUGGGUUAUAGGCUGAGUCCUCAAACAUUAACUACUAUUGUUCAACGUUAUAGCAAGAAUGGCAGAAUUUUCUUUGAUGAUUAUGUUGCUUGCUGUGUGAAGCUUCGAGCAUUGACAGAUUUCUUUAGGAAAAGAGACCACUUGCGACAAGGGUUUGUGAAUUUCGUAUAUGAUGAUUUUUUGCAGGGCACUAUGGCAAUUUGAAUGUCUAGAAUUCUAAACCUGAAGAGACAUUGUGAAUUCUUUUGCUUGGAGGAAGUGGACUGGACUACUUCAAAAAUUUUAAGGCUUUUUCCAUGUUCUUCCUACCUGUUGAAUCUCUUCCCUUUCUAUGCGUUUUUAUUUUAGCAGGUAGUUCAAAGCAAUAAAAGAUUUUUUUUUUAAUUUGGAAUAUUGCUGCUUUUGGAAAGUUACCAUUUUACAGAUAUGUGCAUAUUGUCAUAAAAUAUUUGUAUAUGAUUGAUUUAAAUAAUGCUUAGCCUUAAUUUUUAAUCAUGUAAACUUAGAGGAAUGUACUUAAAAGAUAGAUUGUAUAAGAAGUCAAAUGAUAAAAGCCUAGAAAAAACUAAUUUAUACUUACCUGAAGGUUACAAAUUAGACUUUUAAAUUUUGUUUGCAGUUGGUGGUGUUUGAGGGUCAGCUAGAAAUGAAAGCCUGGAUUUUGUGCUAUGUUUGUAAUAUAGUUUGUUCCUUGAUCAAAUAAUCUGAAAGGAAACAGAGCUCUUUGUCUGCGAAGAAGAAAAUUAUCUUGCCAGUCAAAUCUGUGAUGAAAUAAGACUACAAAAGGCAUUAUUUUUCCUUUAUUUUUUGUAAUAUAUUUUUCUUCAGUAUGUUAUAUUGUCUUCUCUAAGCAAAAAGUUCUUAAUAAACAUAGUAUUUCUCUCUACACCCUGUUUCAUUAGUGAAGACAUAGUUCACCUAAAAUGGCAUCCUCCUCUAAAUCUAGACUUUUUGGAAAUGGCACAUAUGAUUGAUGAAAUCAACAUUCAAAUUUGUCCUAACUAAAUUAACCACUCUAAUUGUUCAGAAAUUAUACAUUUGACUUAUUUGACAUUAGUGGUGGCUUUGCCAUUAAAAAUACCAGUAAAUAUUUUGAGUGCAUCUAGGUAAUCUGGGGUUUUGAGCAUAGUAGACACCACAGCAAUUUUUCUGAGUGAUAUUAAAACUGUCAAAAAUGCAAAGUAGAAUCACCAGAUCUUUAGUGCUUAAUAUCCCUAGUAUAAGAUGUUACGAUUAAUGUGAUUUAUUUCUUGCCAAACACCUUGUGUCUUGGUGAAGAUUUAAUAAACUACAUAUUUUUCUUAUGCUUUAAAUGAGUAUCUUCCAGCUAACAGUGAGUGACAUAAUUUUAUGACUGUUGACCAAAUUAAUUUAUAUAUUUUAUAAAAUCCCAUUUUCUUAAUGGAUGGAGGAUAGACGACAAUAUCUUGAACAAAACCUUCCAUAAACUUACAGAAUUUUAAAUCAGCUUUCACUUUAAAAAAAUCCUGGAAAGGAAGUGAUACAUAGUCACUUGACACUAAUAAUUUUAUAUAAUUUGCUGUCAAAUUCACUUGGUUAGUUUUAUAAAAAUGUGUGAGUUAGUAAUCCAUGUAAUUUUGUUCUCUGGCUUUUUUUUUUCAUUAAGAUAUAUUUGAUCAUGUGAGAGGACAUAAACUGAGUUAAUUUUUUAAAAAAACAGAAUUAUAAGUGUUAUAGGAAAAAGCAGAUGUAAAAACACCAUGUGUUGUUCACAUUGAAUGGUGAUAAUGUGGCUCAGCAACAUGUAAUCUUAACAUCCAGGUUAUAUGAUGGUCUUUUCUGAACUAUCCUGAGGUUAAUUAUGAUUAUCUCUCUUACUUGGAGGCUCACAGUUGAGGUAAAACUUUUAAAAUGACAAACGGUAUUAUUCAUGCAAAUUUCUGCCAAAUGACACUCUGUAUUAGACCUCUUUAACACAAUUCUCAUCUAAAAAUGUUCCUAUGACUUUUGGUCAUAGGAGGUCUAUGAAGGAGCUUCCAUGGUCAAACAUAUUUAGAAACUCUCACCUUAUAAACUUGAUAAUGUAUAUUAGUGUCUGAAAACCCAAGGUUAAUAAAAUCAGUCAUGUUUAAUUUUAUUUGACCCAGUUUUU